CAGCGCAUGCGUGCAGUGUUGCCUCGCCCAAAGAAGACUACAAUCUCCAGGGAAACCUGGGGCAUCUCGCGCAAACGUCCAUAACUGAAAGUAGCUAAGGCAUCCCAGCCGGAGGAAGUGAGCUCUCCUGGGGCGUGGUUGUUCGUGAUCCUUGCAUUUGUUACUUAGGGUCAAGGCUUGGGUCUUGCCCCGCAGACCCUUGGGACGACCCGGCCCCAGCGCAGCUAUGAACCUGGAGCGAGUGUCCAAUGAGGAGAAAUUGAACCUGUGCCGGAAGUACUACCUGGGGGGGUUUGCUUUCCUGCCUUUUCUCUGGUUGGUCAACAUCUUCUGGUUCUUCCGAGAGGCCUUCCUUGUCCCAGCCUACACAGAACAGAGCCAAAUCAAAGGCUAUGUCUGGCGCUCAGCUGUGGGCUUCCUCUUCUGGGUGAUAGUGCUCACCUCCUGGAUCACCAUCUUCCAGAUCUACCGGCCCCGCUGGGGUGCCCUUGGGGACUACCUCUCCUUCACCAUACCCCUGGGCACCCCCUGACAACUUCUGCACCUACUGGGUCCCUGCUCAUUCUCCCAGGACAGGCUCCUUAGAGCAGAGGAGCCUGUUCUGGGAGCCCCUUCUCAAACUCCUAAGACUUGUUUUCAUGCCCCACGUUCUCUGCUGACAUCCCCCAAUAAAGGACCCUAACUUUC